GGACCAGGAAUUGGUAGCUUCACGCACAUGUAAUUUUUAGUAUUUUCCUUAGAUAUGUAUUUAAGUUGAGAAAUGUAUAUAAAUAUUUGGCUAAACUCAAUUAACGGAUUUCUAAUUAUUUUAUGUAUACUCUGAUGGUCAGAUAAAAAUUAAAUUUAGAAACCUGUCUUAAUUGUGUAUUAAAUUUUUAUACGUGCUACUAUAAUAGAGAUAAAUGUUUAAUUUCUAGAGAUUAAAAAAAUUUUAUAAAGAAAGAAUUUUUAUUUACACUAAUAAAAAUGAGUAAUAUUAGUAUAAAAUGUCAAAAAUGCCGGUAUGAGUUAGCAUCUAGUGAAACAUCUACCAUACUUGACUGCCAUGAAAAACCAAUAAAAGAUACAUCGAGAGUUACAUAUAGUUGUAAUAAAAAUGUUAUGGAAAAUAACUGGUAUUUAUCUUCUACUGCAUUACCAGAUUGGAUAAAUAAUUAUGUAGAAGAAGGUGAUUGGCAGAAAGGAAAAUUAAUUUGUCCAAACUGUAAUUUAAGAGUUGGUUCUUUUGAUUUUGUAAGUGGUAUGAAAUGUCAAUGUAAACAAUUUUUAUUACCUCAAAUUCAUUUAGUUAAAAGUAAAGUAGACAUAUAUUUUAGAUAAUAACUUUAAUUAUUUUUAUAGAGUUAAGUAUUGUUGUAAAUUUAUAUUUAUAGAUAAUAUAUAAUAAAAUCUAUACAAAAAAAAAAUA